AUGACGGCGGUGCUGGCCUCUCGCGAACAGCAUUCGCAGUUUUCCCGGAUCCUCCGAUACUUCCUCCAGACCGGCAUCCCGACCAAGACCCUCAUGCAAGAUGAGGAUUCGGCCCGGGACUGCUCUCCCGCCUCGCUUUCAUCACUUCCUCCCUCGCCCAGUUUUACGCCACCAGAAGAACCCCCCUACACUCCCACCACCGUCAGCACCCUCUCCCUGGAUGAAGACCUGAUCCUCCCCUACCUAUGA